GAUUACCAAAAAGAUUUGCUCUAUUGGUACAAAAAAACGAGAAAGGUCUGAUUAUAUCGAUUGUCAAAAAGAUUUCCUCAAUUGGUUCAUUGGGCACAAUUUUGCAACUGUCCUUUAAUCAGACAAAAGACAGCUUAUUGAGACACUCAGAUGUUUCACGGCACUUUAUGAAAUAAGGAACACUAUAAUUACAAUAAUGGCUGAGACUGAUGACAUGUUUAGCGUCAGUGAAGAUGACAUCAAGAAUGCUGAUGACGUAGAUACUUUAUUUGAUCUGGGUGAUCUAUUGGGCGUGGAUCUAGCUGGUUUAGUCACUACAGAAGAAAUAAAGGAGCGAUUGUUAAUGGCGCACCGAACGAAUGAAUAUGGAGACUUCAAACAAAUGAUUGAAAAGGCAAUGCAAGGUGUCCAAAGAGAAAAUUUACAGAAGCGAAACAGAUUGGUGGAGAUGCUGAUCAUUUGUCAGGAUACAUUCCAAAAUUACAAGAAAGAAACUGAAGAUGAAAAGGGAAAUGAGGGAAUUCAAGCAAUAGAAGGGUUUCUUAAGACUGAGGGCAUAAUAAAUGAACUCAGCGAGGAUAUUCAAAGAAGAAAACGAUUGGUUGAGAAAGGAGACUGUGUGGUAGUAGUUUCUGGUGAGACUGGAGCUGGAAAAUCCACAGUGCUAAACCUUUUGUUGGAAGAAAAUUUACUACCUACCCAUGCCCUUCCAUGUAGUUCUGUUGUCACCCGAAUUUCCUAUGCAGACAAAAAUGGUGCUCGCAUUAUUUAUAAGGGCGAUAAAGAAGAUUACGUCAUAAAAAAUUGUGACAUUAAAUCACUCCGUGAAAUACUUAAAGACAUAUUAUUUGAGAAAGAUGCAGAGAAACGAGAACUGGUUUCUGACGUCAGAGAGGUUCAAGUGUAUAUAUCAGCAAAUCUUCUUCGGUGUGGGUUAGUAAUCGUGGAUUCCCCGGGCAUCGGUGAAAAUGAGCUCAUGGAUUCGGUGAUUGGCAACUUUGUUUCCGCCAAUGAAAUAAUGGGAUUUAUUUACCUCAUCAAGUCAGACAGCGCAGGAGGAGUUGAUGAGGAUAAGCUAGGUGCUCUCUUACGCCUAAUUAUGGAAAAUCAGAAAAAGAGGUCUAGCCAAUCAGGCUUGCCGUUUGAUCCCAGUUGCGCCAUCUUCAUUUGCAACCUUUGGGAUCUUAUCCAAAAAGAGGAGCAGCCAAAGGUUUUUGACCACGCAUGCUCACGUCUCCAUAAAUACUGGACAAAUCUCUCACGGUCACAAGUUUUGCGAUUUUCUGCGAAGAAAGCGAAUAGAGAGCUCUCUGUCAGUAGGAAGUUUAUAACAGACGAUUAUAUGAAAUUGUUGAUGGCGAUUCAAGAGCUGCAUUCUAAAGCGAUGGAAAGAAGAAUUUAUUCAACAUUUAAGUGGAUAGACAAUUUAUUAACAAGAGGGAUUCACCAUAGCAAGACAAUUGUGAGACAAAUUAACAACGAUGAAAAUUUAGGGAAGGAAAAGAUUCAAGACCUAUCUCAAAAGUUGGAAAUUUUGAAAAAAGAUUCUGACUCCAUUGUGACCACUCUCAGAUCAAAAGUGGAUGAAACUGCAUUGGAGAUUUGCAAGAACUUUCGAGAACAUUUACAGCUACCCCAAACAAGAUUGCGAAUCACUAAUUGGAUUGAAAAGGAGGUACCUCAAUCAGACUCAUGUAAUUGGGAGGAGAUCAAAGAACAAAUUGACGACAUAACAGCAGAUCGAGUUUCUCUCGAGUUGAAAGAAUGGGAUGAAGAGAAGAAUUGGGUGAAAAAGCUAGAAGAUGAACUUUACCAAGAGGUUAAAGAGGAGUUUCGAGGUCUUGAAAACCAAAUUGGGAAGAUUGAACAAGACAUUAGUAUGUCUAGGAACUCAAAUGAUAGAGAAGACAUGCACUCAACCAUUAGCCACAGAAGAGGUAAAUUCGCUGCCAAAAGAUUGUCUACAUUCAGUUUGAGUAAUAUGAAUGUGUACUUAUCCUCUACCUCUUCACAAAGCGCCGAGGAAGAAUUAAUGCCUUUGAAUGUAUCCAUCCUUGCAAGAUACAUUUCUCCGAUCAAGAAUAUAGCUCGUAAUUUUAAAAUGAAAAUCCGUAGGUCAACAAUCUAUGACUCGGUUGUUGUUAGCAAAAAGAUGCAGGAAUUUAAGGCCCAUCCUACUAAAAUAGCUCACAAGAAGUCUGAAAAGUUUUUGAAGAUGUGUGUGGAUGAAAAGCAUGACAUUAUGAUUGAUUUUAUUCAAGCUUUGUUGGAAAGACCAUGUCAAUUUCUGCAAAUGCUAGAAAUGAGAAUUCCGUCCGUUAUUAAAGCGAACCAAGAAGCCCUGGAUCAUAUAAUCCACUGUCGGUCCGAUUCCAUUGAAUCUCGCGAGACUUACGUCAAGAUGAUGACCGACUUCGAGAAACUGCGAGAGAAGUUAAGAGAGUAUGGAAAAGGGUACAUUUUUGUUGCGGAUUACAAUGUAAAUGAGCUUCGUGUGAGAGAUCAUUCCUGCAAAACAGGCCACAAAUCUUUUCGGUCUUCUGAUGUGGCAAGGACAAUAAGCUCUUCAACAAUGGUCCAGGAACCAGGGAAAGAGUUGGAACGUGGUCUUUGGACUGGAUUUCAGAAUGGAUACCAUAUGAAUAAGGAAGGACAGGAGCAUAAUAUUUUUAUCCGUGUCUACCUUCCAAGCUCAGGAGUGACCGAAGUACACUCAGAGAUAGCCAAGUUGAGGUCCUUACAAAAUCAACAUGUUGCUGAAUUUCUCGGAAUUUCGCAUUCUGAUGCACCGACUCCAGCUCUUAUAUAUGACGGCCAUCUGACAUCCGUUAAUGACUAUCUGAAGCACCAUCCUUUAGAAAGAGAUGUGCAAGUCAAACGAAUACUUCAUGAAGUGGUUGAAGGAAUGGUCUACUUGCAUGAACGAGAUAUGGUUCAUAUGGAACUUACAUCUAGUACAGUUAAAGUUUCCAAGGAGAAACUUACAAAUGGGAUUGUGAAACUUAGCGGGGCAUGUCUACCCAAGAAAGCCAUGUUGCCACUCGACAAAGAUCACGUACAAGCACAGGAGUUCGUGUACCUCUCUAAAGGAGUCCUAAGUGGGGAAAUGUACACAGCAAAAGAUGACGUGUACUCAUUUGGCUUAUUCAUGUUUGAGAUGCUUUUGAUCGUUGGAGCAUUUGAAGCUCAAAGAUCGAUGAAACUUUCGGAUUUCAUUCUUGGAGUCGACGCUGCUACCAUGCUGAAUCUGAAACAAAGUUUAGUUGAGAUUAAUGAAACGAGCAAAGAUUUGAUUAUGCGCAGCUUGCUCAAUGAUCCUGAAUUGAGACCAAGCAUUUCAGAUUUCUUGGUUAUUUUUUCUACGGAUCACCAUAGACAUGACAGAAGGCGACGGCGAGGGAGUACGUCGACUUUCAGUCAAGAAACCUUACCAGAAUAGAAUACCAAGGUUACGGGAGCACACAUUGAGGUUUUUCUGAUUGCUGUUGAACACUUUGAUUCCGGGAACAAGGUCGCACUGAGAGAAAUAUGUUUUUUCAAUAACUUUAUUUAUUUUUAUUUGUAAAAAGACUUUAAAGAUAAUUUUGAAUUACGGUAUACCACUGAUUGCAGAUUACACACUUCUCUUUCACUCAAAGCAUAUCUCAGCAGAUCAUCAUAUCUGAUUCCAUAAACACGUGAUCAUCCAGUGUUAGGUAAAUCGACCGUAUCUUUUGAGGUGUAAAUCAGAAUUUUUUCGUGCUUCUAUUUAUUUGUCGUUCGUCUUUUUGUUCAGGAGACAUGGGGCGUAAUGUUGGGGAAGGUCAUGUACAAAUACAUGUAUUGCAUGCAGGUGUACCUCUAUCUUAAAAGAAGCAAUGCAUCAUGUUGAUAAUCCGAGCUGAUAUGAAAUGUCUGUCUCAGAAAAUGCGGUCAAUUUAUGAAGAUGCAAUUCUGGAGGGACUUGAUGACAUUAAAAAGUCUAUGAUGGUCGUUGUUUUUAAGUUUUACCUGUUUUAAAGGUUUCAUAGUUUGUUGUUGUUGUUGUUGUUGUUGUUCCUAUCUUGUCAUUUUAAAGUGUGCAACUAUUUUCAACAUAUCUGCUAUUCAACUUUUUUUCAGAAUCGAUAUUAUAAGUUUUUUGUCAGAAGCACAUCUGGUCCCUGCUAUUCUAAAAAUGUUUGUUUGUUUCCUUAUCGGACUUGCUGUUGUUUCCUCGUUUGUGUUUUUAUCUCUUGAUUUAUUUAUCUCUCUUUUU